CUCCCUUCCCGCGGGCUGAGAAGAGGCACCGGCCGGGGAGACAUGUGCAAGGUCGCUGGCCCCAGAGGAAAUCAACGCCUUCUGCCUGCAGGAUGGGCAGCCGCGGGAGAACAGGGCUCCCGGCUCCGGGCUUCCUGCUGCUGCUGCUGCUGCUGCUGCUGCUCCAAGACGCCUCCGCCAAGAAUAUCUGGAAGCGGGCGCUGCACCCCAGGCUGGCCGAGAGGCCCCGCGCCGAGGAGGGCACCCCCGGCCCCCGGCAGCCCCGCGCUGACCGCUGCCCCCCACCCCCACGGACGCUGCCUCCAGGCGCCUGCCAGGCUGCCCGCUGCCAGGCCGACGCCGAGUGCCCGCGACACCGGCACUGCUGCUACAACGGCUGUGCCUACGCCUGCCUGGAGGCCGUGCCGCCCCCGCCGGUGCUAGACUGGCUUGUGCAGCCGAAACCCCGCUGGCUGGGCGGGAACGGCUGGCUGCUGGACGGCCCCGAGGAGGCGCUGCAAGCAGAGGCCUGCAGCACCACGGAGGACGGCGUGGAGCCCCUGCUCUGUCCCUCCGGCUACGAGUGCCACAUCCUGAGCCCGGGCGACGCGGCCGAGGGCGUCCCCAACCGCGGCCAGUGCGUCAAGCAGCGCCGGCAGGCAGAUGGGCGGUUCCUGCGGCACAAAUUUUACAAAGAAUAUCCAGACGGUGACUCCAAGAACGUGGCGGAACCUGGACGGGGACAGCCGUGAACCUUUCCGUAAAGCCACAGCCGCCUGCGUUCAAGAUGGCUCCUCCGCGCCCUUCUAAGCCUUGGGGACAGUCAGGAAAGCAGCGGGACUCAGAGUCGCAGCCGGCUCCCCGGAGCGUGGCCCCAGAGCUCCGUGGAGCCCGCACGCCUCAUCCCCAGCUUGGCGCUGCCCCGGGUGUGGUGCCCGGGCGGGGGCCCCAUGCCAAGUCUGCGUUCUCCAUCGUGGAAUGAGGGGCCCGCCGCCCCCGAGCUACCUACCCCGGGACGCCGCGGUGCCUGCGGGAGGAUGUCUAAGCCCGCUCGCUGAUUCUUGUAGAUUUCUUCCAGGUCUUACUCUGGUUCUUACAAUAAAUUCACCCACUGUGUAACGGAA